AUGCCGCCCGCACAGUCGUCUCCGGACGGCCAGCUGCUGGGAAAGGCGCUCGAAAUUGCCGCCACCAGUGCUCUUCGCGAGCUCGUGUGCGGCGAGCAGUCCAUCUGGCAGCUGCCGCCGCCGUCCGCCCUCAUCUCGGUCACGGGCGGCGCUGGAUCCCUCAACAUGACCGACAAGCAGAAGCUUGUCUUUCGGCGCGGGCUGCUGUCCGCGGCUCGCACGACCAACGCGUGGAUCAUGACGGGCGGCACUAACGCGGGCGUGAUGGAGAUGGUGGGCCGGAUGCUGCAAGAGUCCUCGGUCGAGGUGCCGUGCAUCGGCGUCACGUCGUGGGGCGUGGUCGCCGACAAGGAGGAGAUGGCCAAGAAGGCCAACGGCCGGAUCGCGGUCGGCGCCAUACACGAGCUCAAAGGCUGA